AUGAAACAGGUGUGUCAGACUCUCAGUAGUAGUUGUAGUAGUAGUAGUAGUAGUAGUUGUAGUAGUAGUAGUAGUAGUACUUGUAGUUGUAGUAGUAGUUGUUGUAGCAGUAGUUGUAGUAGUACUAGUUGUCGUAGUAGUAGUAGUAGUAGUAUAGUAGUUGUAGUAGUAGUAGUAGUAGUAGUUGUUGUUGUAGUAGUUGUAGUAGUAGUUGUUGUAGUAGUUGUAGUAGUAGUUGUUGUAGUAGUAUUAGUAGUAGUAGUAGUAGUAGUUGUUGUUGUAGCAGUAGUAGUUGUAGUAGUAGUAGAUGUAGUAGAAUGUUGUUGUUGUAGUAGUAGUUGUUGUAGUAGUAGUAGUAUAAGUUGUAGUAGUAGUAGUUGUAGGAGUAGUAGUUGUAAUAGUAGUAGUAGUGUUUUAGUAGAAGUAGUAGUAGUUGUAGUAGUAGUAGUAGUAGUUAUGUCGUGCUAA